AUGGGAAAGGUAAGACUGGAGAUCAUCUUCUAUGAGGAUAGGAACUUCCAGGGGCGGUUUCAUGAGUGUAGCAGCGACUGCGCUGACCUGCACUCCUACUUCAACCGCUGCAACUCCUGCAAGGUGGAGAGCGGCUGCUGGAUGAUCUAUGAGCGCCCCAACUACAUGGGGUGCCAGUACUUCCUGAGGAGGGGCGAGUAUCCCGACUACCAUCGCUGGAUGGGGAUGAGUGACUCCAUCAGGUCAUGCCACAUGAUCCCUGUGUACCGUGGCUCCUACAGAAUGAGGCUGUAUGAGAACCCUGACAUGAGUGGCCAGAUGAUGGAGCUGAUGGACGACUGCCCCAACGUGAUGGACCGCUUCCACACGGCCGACUUCAACUCCUGCAACGUUAUGGACGGCCACUGGCUCAUGUACGAACAGGCUAACUACAAGGGCAGGCAUUACUACCUGAGACCCGGAGAGUACCGGAGGUUCAGCGACUGGGGCAGCAUGAGUCCCAGGAUCGGAUCCCUGCGACGCAUCACUGACUUCAACUAG